AUGGCGCUCAUGGAAACACUAUGUUUUAUAUUUCUUUUGUCUUUUGCUGAAACCACUGUUUAUUUAUAUCAUACUGAAGAUAGUCUGUCAGCUGAAUUUUAUGAUUGUGUGUACCAUAACGAUCUUCUCUAUUGCCGUCGCCCAAGCACACCGAUUGUUUUACAACGUGACAGUCAUAUACAACGCUGUCAUCAUAACGGCAAGGCUCAUUCAUUUGCUUCGAUCAUCAAUGACUCUAUUGAUGUGAAUUUUAUUCUGCAUAAUUGGAAUUCUGGCAUCGAGAUGGUAGAAGAUUAUUUGAAUCGUGUAACAGACGAGGACGAUAAAUACAUAUGUGAAUGCACGCAUUCACGAUCGUUUGGAAAAUAUUGUGAAUAUCAGUUACUAUUGGGAGAAACAUUUGAAGAAGAACUUAUAUGGGAACAAAUAAAAAAAAAGCGAGAUCCAGAUGAAUUGCAAGUGUACGGUGAUAUUUUAUGCUAUGAAACAUUGAGAUGUGAUUCUGGUCUAUUGUGUCUGGAUUGGCGCGAUAUUUGUGACGGCGUACAACAAUGUAUGUUGGGGUAUGAUGAAGAAAACUGUGAUAAGCUAGAAUUUAAUGAAUGUGAAGAUGACGAGUAUCGAUGUGUGAACGGAAUGUGUAUUCCUGACGAAUAUUUUCUUGAUGGUGACUAUGAUUGUAUGGAUAUGACAGAUGAAAUGGGAUACGAUGAUGGAUCCGAUUGUGCACUUCAGCAAGUGAACAGUGGGUGUGAUGAUCGGAUUUGUUUACGAAAUCACUAUUCGUGUGGUGACGGCCAAUGUAUUUUGGAUCGUCUAGCUUUUCAGAAUCCAUCAAAGGAAGAAAAAACAUGUAAAAGUUAUCGUGAACAGUAUUAUAUGUGUGAGACUCAUAGUUCCCAAAAUCUAUGGACGUUACCCAAUGGCAAAUGUUCGUCAGAGAAGGACUACGAAGAAACCAAUGUUUUAAAUCGAACCAAUUCUGAACUAUGUAUUUAUUUCUUGAAAUGUGCUCUUUCGAACGGUGUAGAAAAGAACUGUGCCAGUAGGAGCAAUGACAAGGACUAUGUUGGACAACUAAGAAGGUAUUGCCACUCGUCGUCCAUUCAAUACCCUACGGGUGCCAUAAUUGCUCCUUACUUGCAUUAUUUUUAUAACAUCGAACAGUUACGGGAAAAUGACAUACCUGACUUUAUCGCGCUCAAUGCAACUAUUAGAUGUCGACAAUAUAUAAUCCAACAUUACGCAAAUGUGCCAUACUCUACGCACCCAUCUCUUCGGCAAUGGGAAGAAUUAAUAUGCACGUCUCAAGUGGAGAAUUUCUCUGUUCUUGAAGUAAGUAACGAUGGGCCCUGUUACAAUGAUUCUCAAACCUUUACAGGUCAAUCCUAUAAUGUCAUUGAUGUGUGCAGUCGCUCGAAAGAAUGCAUCUCUGCAUAUCGCAUAGCAGAUGGAUCUGUUGAUUGCGCAGAUCAGAUGGAUGAAACUGAAGAUAAUAGAAUUUUGGUAUUACAGACGUGUUUUACGAUGCGCCGACAUCGUUUUCGAUGUUCUCCUAAACAACUUACAUGUUUACCUAUUAAUCGUUUUAAUGAUCAUAUAGCUGAUUGUAAGGAUAAUCACGAUGAAAUAUUUCCAUCAAGACUAAAGUAUCACAGAAGAUCAAAAAAUGACCGCGAAAUACUUAGACAAUACAUUGAAAAUUCAUGGAAAGGUGACAACGUAUUUCAAGUUGUAGAAUAUAUGUCAUUCCGAGGCUAUUGCAAUACAUUUUGGGACGAAAAAUCACAAAAAGACGAGGACAGUAGUAUUUGUAAAGACUGGUGGAUAUGCUCUGAGGAUCAGUGGCAAUGUCAUUCGGGGCAGUGCAUUGAUAUUGAUUGGAUUCUAGAUGGAGAAUGGGAUUGUUCCGAUGCGUCAGACGAACAAGCAAUUUUCUUCACUAAUCAUUCAUUAUCUUCACAUAACUUCGAUUUAAUCAACGGUUCCAUUCUGGAAGAAGAUUUUGAAAUAUUAUAUGAUGAGGAGCCAUUUUGGAAUAUUUGUAGUUUGGACACGGAAUUUCCAUGUUUUCCAACUAAUUCUUUUCAUUUAUUGAGUGGUACUAGUAAAAUACGCCCGUGCAUCAGUCUUGAAAAGGUUGGCGAUGGUCAUGCUGACUGCUUGGGUGCUCUAGAUGAACGAAAUACAAUCGAACACUGCAACAGUGGUCGUAUGCUCGGCUACGAUUUUCAAUGUUUAUCGACCAAAACGUGCAUUGAAUUUUUUCAGGUGUGUAUUACCAGAUGUCCUAAUACCGCUGAUGAUAAUCAAGUGUGUACGGGCAUAACAGACUCCGAUAACUGCAGAACCUAUAAUGAUUUUCGAUGUUGGAAUGGAACUUGCAUUAAUAAAGGAUGGUGUAACGGUGAUCAAGAAUGUUUACACGGAGAAGAUGAAUACUUCUGUGAAAUCCCAAAUGUCGAAAACGAAAUUGUCAAAGUUAGUUAUCGCAGUCACAAGAAAAUGCUUGACUUGAUUAUACCAAAGGAAUUAAAUUUACCAGUGUUUCCUUAUGCAGCAAACAUAUCAGAAAACAUCACUGGAAACAAUCCUACAAUAUUAAAAAGCAUCAAUAUAAUCGACAAUAUUUAUUCGUCGAUGCCUUAUGUAUGUAAUCGAGGCGUUGGCAUUCUCACAUACAAAGAUUCUGUAGUCUGCUUCUGUCCUGAGCAAUACUACGGUGACAAAUGUCAAUUUUAUAGUGAUCAAUUCACCGCAAUUUUUAGUUUGAAUAUCUCCAAUUCGAAAUAUACAAUGAAUACAAAUGCGGUAGUAGUACUCAAGAUGCUCGUUUUAUUCUUAUACAGAAAUCAGUCACUUGGUAUCAAAGAAUUUCAUGUCCGACCGAGUGUUGAACUUACUAAUCCUACGAAACAAAUGCUUCGUUUCCUCUACCCACGAACGAAUGCAUCGUUAGAGAGAAAACGGAAGCGACGCUCAAAUCGAUCAGAUAUUAUCUAUGAACAUCCGUAUUCAGUUCAAAUCGAAGGCUAUGAACUAAAGCAAAAUGAAACGCCACUUUUGAUCGGUGUAUGGAAAUAUCCGAUUUAUUUCGACUAUCUUCCAUCAUUUCGUCUUGCUAAAAUUUUAGGUUUAACCAAUGUGGAUGGCGUCUAUGAUCCGUGCUUGAGUAACCCAUGCAAUAAACAUUAUAAGUGUUAUCCACUUCUCAAUCAACCACGCAAUUACAUUUGCUCUUCAUCUAAACAUGAGUCCUAUACGAACUAUUGCGCAUCAAACGCUUUGUAUCGACGUGAUAUUCGAUUACCUGCAUACUGUAUUUGUCCAUUAGAACGUUAUGGACGUCGGUGUGAACUGUUGCAUGACCAAUGUAAUGAAAAUCCUUGUCAAAACAAUGGCACUUGCCUCCCAUCAAUGAAACCAACUGAGUACUAUUGCAUAUGCACUGAUCUAUAUCAUGGCAAACGGUGCGAAUUUCCAAAGCAAAUAAUUUCUCUGAGUAUCAACAAUACUGCUGAAUGUAGAGCGACAGUUAUUCAAUAUUUUCAAAUAAAUGUUACUACAUUGAAUUUGAUUUUGAUUUCUCAGCAUGUUUACACACGACUCCCUAGUCGAUUGACCAAUUUACUUAGUGAGUUGAAGCCACCUGAUCUUAUUGUUGCUAAACAAUACAUCGAUAUCAAUCAAGUUCAUAUUUACAUUAUUUCAAUACAAAUCAAUGGCACAUCGAGCAACAUCAUGACAUACAUGAGUGAGAUCAAUCGUUGCGUAAAUGUACGUAGCUUAUUUCCGGAAACUGAAAGCGAAAUUCAUGCAUAUAAAUAUCAUCGUCUUUGUCGAAAAAAUUCAACUUUAUUCUGCUUCUAUGAUCCUAAUUAUCUAUGUAUUUGCGACAAAGAUCACUAUCGUGUUGAGUGUUUCGGUUAUAAUCACAAUAUCGAACGAUGCUCAUUCUGCUUUGCCAAUGGACAAUGCUUAAUAGAAGAUCGUCGACAUCGAGAGAAUUACAUAUGUCUUUGUCCGCGAUGUCAUUCAGGUCGAUUAUGUCAAUUUAGUGAUGAUGGAUUAAGUUUUACUCUCCAUUCAGCUCUGCUACGUGUUGAGUAUGGUUUUCAGAUAAUCUAUUGCUGCGUUGUUUUUCUUAUUUUUCUCUUCGGUGCGAUAACCAAUUGUGCAACAUUGAUUACAUUUAAUCGACCAAAUUUACGAAGUACGAGUGUUGGAAUUUAUCUUUUAUUCUAUGCAAUGAUUAGUCAAAUGACACUGUUUUCAUUGUUAUUGAAAAGUCUUCAAGUACUUUUAGAUUUUCUAAUAGAUGAUACCUUAUGUAAAAUCAUCUCCUAUCUACUUUCAAUUACUCUUCGAUGUUCGCUGUGGUUUAUCAGUUGGGUGGCGAUUGUGCGUGUAGUUUACAUCCGAGUUCUUUUCUCCACUCUAUUUAAAAACGUUCAUCUUGCAGUAAAAAUCAGUUUUAUGACGUUGAUUAUCAUUGCCUCGAUGGAUAUUCAUGAACUAUUCUUCUAUGUCAAAGAUCCGAGCGGACAAUCAGCUUGUAUUGCUCACUAUCCAUCGAUUGUAUCCAUGUAUGAACGUGUCACUGUCAUUCUGCAUCAUACUAUUCCAUUCUGUAUUCAAAUCCUGUCAAUUACGGGACUUAUCAUUUUGGCAGCGCGUAGUCGUUCUCGUGCGACAAAUCAUUCGGAGACAUUUUUCACAUACCUUCAACGGCAAUUUCAAAUUCAAAAGGAAAUGUAUAUCGUUCCGCUAGUCGUUAUAAUCAGUGGUUUGCCACAAUCGAUCUUUUCAUUUAGUUUCUCAUGUAUAGAUCUAUCGUCGUGGCAGAAACAUCUGUUAAUUCUUGCGUACCUUUUCGCUUAUGCACCACAAGCACUUGGUUUUAUCCUGUUUGUUUUACCUUCAAGUAGUUAUUUGAAAGAAUUUCAAGCAACUAGCCUGUCGAAAACAUUCAUUUUUCGAUUCGUUUUGUCUGAACUGAAGAAAAGUCAUCUUGUACGGACCACGACAGUGACGUAG